GUCACAUUCGGUUUAUGACGUUUGUGUUUGGCGCUCUCUUUGUUGAAUAUUUUACAAAAAAUGCAAAAAAUUAGAUAAAAAUAUCAAAUGGUUCGCAUUUGGUUUGGUAAUUCGAUUUAAAAAAAUGUGCACGUUCAUUGAAAUGGACGACAAAGUUGCCUCGGAAUAUUUAAAUGGAACAGACGACGAAGACGAGAAAGAAUCCGCUAUUAGUAAACAGAUCUACAAAGUAUUAAUAGAUGCUAUUAAUAAGGACAAACAAGGUUUAGUUGAAGUUUUAUUGAAAUGGAAAAUUUGCCAUUCAAAGAGGUUAUUGCCUAUCAUGGACAAAAUAUGCAGUGUGAUGACAAAAGGGGUCCUCAAAACCGUUUUGCUGGACGUUAUUAAUAAAAUUAUGUCGCCCGAAGAAAAUUUGGUUCCUGUAAGAGAUACUCUUAUUGACGUAGGUUUACUAUUGUCUGCUUCUUUAUCAGCAGCAGACUUAACAGAAAAAGAAUAUGCUUCAUUUCUUGACAAAAUGAAGAGCAGGUACAUUCCUGCGAUGACUGAUUUCCAAAAUUCGAAUUACUCUAAUUGGCAUAAAAUAUGGAUGUGUCUCGUUAAAUUCUGCGGCAAGAAGCUUCACCAAUCCACGGAUUUAACGAACAACCUGCUUAGAAUAGUAGAAAACGCUUUCCGAAACUCUUCCAACGAACAAAGACUGAAAGGAUACGACUGUUGGAAAGAAUUUAUCGACAACGCCGGCUUAGACAAAGAUUAUUUAUGCAAAAACAAACAAAUUACGCUUUUAGUAACGCCUUUACGAGCGAAAUUCUCCAAACAAGAGAGUAUAAUUUACAAGAGAUUCGAGGUGUUUGUUUACCUCCUGGAGACGCUGCAAGACAGAGCAGUUUUGUGUUUAAAACCGUUCCUGGAAGUCGUUUUCGGGACUUUGGACAAUUCCAAAUUGGGUCUGGCUAAAAGCGUUAAACAAAUCACACCGAAAAGUAUACAAGUUCUGAUUGGUAUCUUAGGACACGGACAUGGAGAUGAUUUCGAAUGUGUUGAUGUCGGUGUUCGUUUCGACCGGCCUGUAAUUAACGAAACAAACUUCAAAAACUUCUACGAAUCUUUGGUAAACUCGGUGAUUCAAUCGUGCAGUUUGCUUAAUCACGAGACCACGAAAAUUCAAAAAGAUAGGGUGAUGCAAUGUCUUUGGAAGUCCUUGUUCAAUCACAUCAUAUCUUCCCCAACGACUGAUAAAAAAAUAUAUUUUUCUUUAAUAAAGGACCAUUUAGAUACGUUAUUGAAGCACAAAGAAAAUCCUUUUAACCAAGAACUACUCAAGAUUAUAUUUAAAACCGCCAUGUCUUUUAACAGUUACGAUAUGGACGGUGUGUUGUUAAAGCAAUUUCUCGUUAUUUUUAUCACUUUAGACGUCGGAUCUCUUCAAGAUGAAUUUUGCGAAUACAUCCUACAGUGCGCCCUGAACGAUUUUUCCGAAGAAAAUGAAACGUUGGUUUACCAAACCGUUGUAAACUGUCUGAUUAGUACAAAAAUGGAAGCCGCUAUCGUUCCGAAUUACGAAAAAAUUUGGCUGCAUUUAAUGGACUCGCUGACAAUUAAUCAGAAUUUGAUUACCUCGGAAAUUGCCAAUUUCUACGAAUGUUUCAUGUGGCCUUUGAGUAACUUACAUAUAUUCCAAGAGACUGAGAAAAAGCAAAUCAUUGUAUGUUGGAUUAAACAGCUGCAUAAAUUGACAUCUAAUAACGAGAGUAAGAAAAUUAAUAUAAUCAACGAUACGAAGCAUCGUUUGGAAAACAAUCCGUCUAUAACUCCAAAUGGUCUAUCAUUAUUAAAUGCAAUGUCCCAAUGUGAAACAAAGUUUUCUUCAGAUUUCGUUACGAAUCUACUCACAGCCGUGUCUUCAAUACUCCUGAGCAAAGCUAAACUAUCAAACGAUGAUGAAAUUAAAAUAUGCCAUUUAGUGACACAGUAUUUGGAUCCUUCUUUGAACUGUUACAAAGACAGAAACGAACUCGUGGUAAAGUCUGUGAGCUCCUGCAUCAAAUCCUUACUAUCCACUUCGUACGGUAUUAAAAUAAUCGAAGAAUUGCAUCAGUUUUUAAAAAAUUCCUCCAACGCCUUAAACCACUCGUUCUCCAUUCAUUUGAAACCAUUUCUGGUGACUAUGCACAAGGAAUCUUCGAAAAACAACGACCCGAAAAGUCCGCAAAUAAAUAAACUCCUAAUGGCUUUCAACGAAAACGAAUCCAAACGAACUUUCAUCGUUCCCACGAAACGUUCAGCGCGAAUGGUUAAAACCGCCUCCGAUAACACCUUCAAGCUGUUCGGGAAAGAUUCCGAUGAUCUUACCGAAGUACAGAAGCUCUCGAAGACCAGCAAAAAAGCUAAAACCUCGAAAUUAUCGAUUUCCAAACCGCUGCUCGAAGAAAACUCCGAAGAUUUCGUCGCGAUCGAUACGGAGGUCAAGCUCCAGCCGGACAAGCUCAGCGAACACCAAAAGGAAGUGUUGAAAACCAGAAGGCCCGACAUUCCGGCCCUGUACGAAGAUCUCUCUCAAAGCGUCAGCCAAGAUUUAUUUAAUUUCGCCGGGAAAGAGAAAAGCGCUAGUAAAAACGAAACCUGUCGAGUCGAAUCUAAAGAACAAGAUGUUCCACACAGCAUCGAUUUGUUCUCUCAAGAGUCUAAUGAUACAAAUAAAAUCGAAUGCACAUCAACUAACGGCGAUACGAAUAAGCUAUUUAGUGAUAAACGAAAUAAUUCAGUGGUUGGUGAGACGAAUCCACCGCUUUCUAAUAACCUAAACGAAUCUCCUUUGGACGAUUCCAGCAAAUUACCUGAACACAUUCAAUCUUCCGAUGACUCGAACGACCCGCUCGUCGGCAAAUCGCCGAAGACGAGCAGAGAGAUAAGACGUUUGAACAUCUCCAUAGUGGGAGUCGACGAGUACUUCGGCCACGAAAGCCGAACGAGAACCAAGAAACUCUCGAAGAAAGCCGAAGAGACCAAAUCGAUGGAGGAACGCAAGGCCGCGCAGAAAUCGCAGCCGCCGCGCAAACCGGGACGGCCGCGUAAAUCGAAAAAACUCCUCAACUUCCUCGGCAAGCGUAAAGCGCUGGAAUCGCCCGUUUCCAACGGCUCCGACGCUCCGAUUUCGACGGAAACCCCGCCGGAAAUCGAGCAGGAGAAGCCAGUCAGGCCGAUCAUUAACGCGGAGGAUACCAAAACUCCCAUUCAAACGAAAAAACCGCGACGCCGGGCGAAGUCCUGUCCGGCCGACGGCGUGCUGAGAUCCAUCGGACAGGCCAACGGCAAGCCGUACAAUUCGUUGGACAACAGAAAACUCAACGGGCGCAAAUCGCGCGACGACGCCUCGACGAUCAUCACGAACAACACCAAGUCACCCGAUUCGUCGGAGAAGAAGAAACGGGCGCAUCGACGAAAGCUCGAAAACUUCAAAAUAGACAAUCAAAACGUCGAGGAGAACAUCAAAAUGACGAUCAGACGGGUGACCUCGCCCAAAUCGAGUUUGGCCGGAACGGCGGAGAAGACGCACAAGCGGAAGAAAUUGGAGGAUCUCAUGGCGAACAUUUCGAACAUCAAGGACACCGAAGACGUCAUAGAGAGCUCGCAGGAUUCGAUCGUCAAAACGCUCGAUGCUUCGAAAUCUCGCGUGACCGAAGAACGGGAAAUCACCAGCCAAGAUACCACGCUCACGGUGGAUUCGACGGAGGGCGAAUCGUCCCCGAAGCCGCCCCGAAGGCCCUCUCUCACCGAAUCCGAAUUGUUCGCCUCCCGCAUGGACACGAUGUCCGUCUGCGAAACCGACGACGACGCCACCCAAUCGACCUGUACCCAACAGAGCGCCGGUUCGAUUGUAUCCUCUUCGCUGUCUUGUACUCCUCGCAAACUCACCGUCUUCUUACCCUCGUCGCCCAUCAACUCCGAGACGCCUACUAGGAACAACGAAUUGAUGAGCAGCACGAUAGACAUCUCGCCGAUAUCUUCGAAAAACCUUUCGCUAGAGGAUUUCGGAGAGAAGCCUGAAAUAGUCGGUUUAAACGAAGUAGCCUCGUCGGAUGAUAAGAUAAACGAAUUGCCAGCGAUCGAACGGAAGCCGGAAUUAAUUGGUAAUCGUACGAAAGAUGAUCAUACAUUAGAAGACGAAUCGAAGCUCAUCAACGAGCAAUUCGAGAGAUUCAUGAGCGAAUCGUUGGCCGUGAAGAAACUACCGCUGAUGAACGUGAAGUUCGGUACCAUUUCGUCGCCUUCGUUGAAAACCCUCAAAUCCGCCGGCGCGUCGAAGCAACCGGAGGCUUAUACCGAAAGCGACAUCCUGACGUUUUCGCGGGAGAUCCCCAGCCCGUACGCGGUGCCCAAAAGCUCCAUACUGAAGCGGAAGAUGUGCGACGGCGCCGACAACGACGGGUACUCCCCCUGCCCGAAGAGGAAGCGCGUGAACUUCAGCGACCCGUGCCUGACGUCCAAGAAGAUCAUCGUCGACGACGACCAGCAGCAGCGGCAGGCGAAGCGCCUCUUCGAAGAGGCGCCGUCGGAGGCGGCUCCUCCGCCGCCGCCGCCGAAGGGCAAGCCGAUCUACGCGCGGCUGGCGCUCUGCGAGGACGACGCGCGGGCGAUCGUCAAGCGCUUGGCCGGGCCGCUGUUCCUGCAGGCGUCCAUGGACAAGCUGAAGGAGAUGAACGUGAAGACGGUGGGCGAUUUGGCGCGAUUGAGCGAGGCCGAGGUGGGCGCGUUGCCGUUGAAGGUGCCCGUCGUCGCCAAUUUGCUGGGCGCUCUGGAGAAUCAUUAUAAGAAAACGGUUCAAUGUAAAAACGAUGGGAAAGUUGAUGGUGCGAAAGCGCUUGAGGGGAAAGUUGAUGAUGCGAGAGUGCUUGAGAGUAAAGUUGAUGAUGCAAAAGUGCUUGUAGAGAAAGUUGAUGAUGCAAAAGUGCUUGAUAGUAAAGUUGAUGAUGCAAAAGUGCUUGUAGAGAAAGUUGAUAAUGCGAGAGUGCUUGUAGAGAAAGUUGAUGAUGCAAAAGUGCUUGUAGAGAAAGUUGAUAAUGCGAGAGUGCUUGUAGAGAAAGUUGAUGAUGUGAGAGUGCUUGUAGAGAAAGUUGAUGAUACAAGAGUGCUUGAGGGGAAAGUUGAUGAUGGUAGAGUGCUUGAAGAGAAAGUUGAUGAUACAAGAGUGCUUGAGGGGAAAGUUGAUGAUGGUAGAGUGCUUGAGGGGAAAGUUGAUGAUGCGAGAGUGCUUGAAGAGAAAGUUGAUGAUGGGAGAGAACCGAUUUUGGAAGAUAGUAAAGCGGAGGAGGCGCGUGAAGAUCCUGCGAGUUAUCUCGAUGCAUCGAAAGCUUUUCUCGAGAGGUUUCUUAAGGAUGGAAUCGAAUCGUCGAAAGCUGAUAGGAUAAAGACUGUGGCUAAAUACGUGCAGGAUUGUAAUAGUAUUCUCAUUGGUUUUAUUUGUAGUAUAGAAGACAGCAAUAGAUAAGUUUUAAUUAUUGUUUUUAUCGAUUUUCUUGUAUCUUAUUAUUGAUUUGUUCGUGGUGAACUGGAAGUUGUAUUUCUACUAACAAACCUAUAUUUUGCUGGAUGUUUAUUGUUUAUUGCAAAUAGGAAUGAUGUUUAAUUGAUCUUUAAGGAUUUAUUUUUAGUAUAUUUGAAGUAACAUGUAUACGAAAAAAACUAUCUUUUUUUCAUUUUGAAAGGUAAAUUUUAUUCCUAUUGAUCAAGAAUUUUUUGAAGCGUACCCAAUCUUUAUAUAUUGUUUAAUUUAGAUAUUUUCGAAAAGAAUAAAAUAUAUUCCACUUUUCUACGUAAUUCUUGUUAAAACUUUCUAGUGGAUCGGAGUUGUUUUCAUAUUGAAAAAUAAUUGUUUCAAAUUGAUACCGUUAAUUUAAGAAUAAUUUUUGUGUCAACAGACAUUCGAAAUGGAAAAAA